UGCACAUCUCCAAAACAAAAAAGGAUGGAUGUAGAGAAAAAUAAUUUUUGAAAAUAUAAGAAGAAACUGAGAACUUGCACAUCUGCACGGGAGGGUCCACGGUCCCAGCCUCUCGGCUCCAAAACACACACACACAAGGGAGUUUCUUGUAACACACGCAGUUUAAAAAUCCCCGUGCUGCCCACAUUCCCACAAUCCCACCCCAACUGUGGAACCCGUCGUCGUUGGUUGCCAACCAGGAGCCAACGGCCAGCACACCUCCUAGCUCUGGCUGCCUCUCCAUCUUUGGCACUGCCCAUCAUCCCCUGCCUUCCCCACGCGCACGACUCACGACGCACGGCGAAGCGCUCCGCGGGGCCGCGCGGCCGCGAACGUCGCCACGGUCAUGGUCGCCAUGACGGAGCCGCGUGACCCGCCGACCGGCUGCGCCAUGUUCGGCAUCUACAGCGGACUGUUCCGCCGUCGCCGCUCCGCAUCCAUGACCUCCCUCCACCGGAUCGACGAGGCCCCGGCCGUGGCGCCGUUGGCGAACCCGGCGCAUCAUCAGAAGCCCGCCGUGCACCACGACGCAUCCUCCCUCGCGCGCCGCCCCAACGCCGUGCCCGUGCCGGCGGCGCAGAACGGCGCCGUCGCCCGCGCCGCGCCACCGGCGGCGAACGGCAGGGGCAGGACAGUCACCAAGGCGGUGAACGGCGCCGGCGGCCCGAGGCCCGCCGUGGAGCCCGCGGCGGAGUACACGGGCAUGGCCGCGGAGCUGGACAGGAUGAUCCUCGACCACCAGAGGGUCAAGGGCACCACGCAGCUGGUGCGCGCCACCUCGGGCAACAUGAUGCUGCACCGCAACCUCGGCAACCUGAACGCGGGCGCCACCGGCACGGCAGUGCGCAGCCCCGUAGUAGAGCGCGGCGGCACCGCGGCGGCGAACGAGCGGAAGGCGCCGCCCAACGGGUACGCGUCCUCCGGUAUGGGCAACAUCGUCAGGGAGCCCAGGACGCCGGCAGCGGCGGGCGAGCUGUGCCGGGCGCUGUCGCACCGCACGGACCCCGAGAAGCUCAAGGAGAUGGGCAACGAGGAGUACCGGCAGGGCCAUUACGAGGAGGCUGUGGCGCUCUACGACCAGGCCAUCAUGAUGGACGCGAGGCGACCGGCGUACUGGAGCAACAAGGCGGCCGCGCUCGCCGCGCUCGGGCGGCUCAUCGAGGCCGUCGCCGACUGCAAGGAGGCCGUCCGGAUCGACCCUUCGUACGAUCGCGCUCACCACCGGCUUGGCGGCUUGUACCUCAGAUUAGGAGAAGCUGACAAAGCCAUCUACCACUUGAAGCAAUCUUCCAACGAAUCCGCGAGCGCAGACGUUUCCCGUGCGCAGUCGGUGAAGAGCCGCAUCGCUAAGAGCAACGACGCGCGAAGGCUCAAGAACUGGUUCACGGUGCUCCAAGAAGCGCAGGCCGCCGCGUCCGACGGCGCCGACUGUGCUCCACAGGUGAUGGCGUUGCAAGCCGAGGCGUUGCUGAGGCUGCAGCGGCACGACGAAGCGGACUCGCUUCUCAGCAGCGCCGGCGCGCCGAGGUUCGGUGUCGACGAGUCGACCAAGUUCUUCGGCACCUUCGGCCACGCCUACUUCCUCAUCGUGCGAGCCCAGGUCGACAUGGCUGCUGGCAGGUUCGAGGACGCGGUGGCGACGGCGCAGACGGCGUUUCAGCUGGACCCGAGCAACCGGGAGGUGGCGGUCGUGCAGAGGAGGGCCAAGGCGGCGGCCGCGGCGCGGCUGCGUGGCAACGACCUCUUCAAGGCCGCCAAGUUCGUGGAGGCGUGCGCCGCGUACGGCGAGGGCCUCGACAGGGAGCCCGGCAACGCCGUGCUGCUCUGCAACCGCGCGGCGUGCCACGCGAAGCUCGGGCGGCACGAGAAGGCCGUCGAGGACUGCAGUGGCGCGCUCGUCGUGCGCCCGUCGUACAGCAAGGCGAGGCUCAGGAGGGCCGACUGCAACGUCAAGCUGGAGAGAUGGGAAGCGUCCUUGAGAGACUACCAGGUGCUGAUCCAAGAACUGCCGGAGAACGAGGACGUGAAGAAGGCUCUCUCUGAAGUCGAAGCCAAGCUCAAGGACCAAAGGAACGGGGCUGCAGCAGCCAGAUCUCAGCACUGACGUCCUGCCAGGUUUCUUUAUACUGUCGGCUACCCGAGAAAUCAACCGCAACUUCUUAAGAAGACAAAGGCUUUCGACAAAACAAUUCUGCACGCGCAGCUGCACAGUUUGUUGUACCAGAUCUCUUGUUUGUUUUUUGUUCACCUUACACCAAUUUGCAAACAGAACCAAGAAAUGGAACUGUACAUAAUACUUGCUCCAAUGGUGAUGUGUAGUUAGCUGAAUGUGCUUGGUCCUUCCGAAAAGAAAACUGAUGUAUAUAGUUAUGGGUGAUACCGCCUAACGGUGACGGUUCCCAGAGAUUUGUGAAGAUUCAUCUGAAACUGAACAACAGCAUUCUGAAGGCUCUGCUCUAAAACCUAAUUUUUUUUA